AUGGACCAAGCAAAAGAUCUCCUCGAAAUGCCGCGCGAGUUCGUCAAGGACGGCCGCCAAUUUCUCACACGCUGCAGCAAGCCCGAUAAACGCGAAUUCCUGCGCAUCUCGCAAGCAGUGGGCAUGGGUUUCUUGAUCAUGGGUGUGAUAGGAUACAUCGUGAAGCUGAUUCAUAUUCCCGUGAACAACAUCUUGGUCGGAGGCGCAUAG